CUAUGUGAAUAACGCUUCUAACGCUUUCGCUAAAAUUAAUGUGAGUGAAGAUCCUUGGGACUACUUCCAUUUACAAACGAAGGCGGCAAACAGAAAACAUGGCUCGUACGAGGAGGACCCGACGAAGGGAGUCUGGUGAGGAAUCGCGCCCCACCCCGCCCAGGAGACACAGAUACAACCUGAGAUCACGGUCAAGACGUUUGAAGCUGCUGGGGGGUGACCAGGAGGGCAGAAGACCGACUAUAUCAGACGAGGAGUUCAGAAAGAAAAUAAAAUCUCUUAUAGUCGUUGAACAACCUAAAACCUUAAAAGUAUCAAGUGUAGACCUUCAUAAGGACGACAAUCAAGAAGCUCACCACACGAGUGAAUAUGAAAUAGAGGACCUCGUGAUUAGGAGAGGGCAGGGCUUCGAUGUGUCAAUCACCUUUGACAGACCAAACACAGACACUGACGUCAUCAUUCUUCAGUUUUCAACAGGCCCGCGUCCUCAGGAAAGCAAGGGAACACUUAUACAAGUUCCUGUCAAGUCCAAGCCAGACGGACCUCGAAGAUGGACGGCCGCGUCCUUCUCGGCAGACGGCAAAACGGUGAAGGUCAAGGUCGUUCCUGCCGCCAACGCCAUAGUAGGUCAGUACCGAGUUCACGUGGUGACCAAGUGUUCGGGAAGCGAGUCGAAGCUGCUGACGCGGUUUGAGCUGCCGGACGAAGACAUCUACGUGAUCUUCAACCCAUGGUGCCGGGACGACGACGUCUACCUCGCCGACGUCGAGAGCCGCGAGGAGUACGUCCUCAACGAUCACGGCGCCAUUUGGAUCGGGUCAGCCAGGAACAACGCGCCGAGACCGUGGAAUUUUGGACAGUUUGACGACCCAUGCCUGGAUGCCGCGCUGAUUCUGCUGGACAGAGCGGAACUCGGCGACUCAGCUCGACGCAGUCCCGUGGCCAUUACCAGAACUUUGACAGCACAGACUAACUCCAUGGAUGACAACGGGGUGUUGCAAGGGCGCUGGACAGAUACCUACCCCAAGAACUGCACCGUCCCCUGGGCCUGGACCGGAAGUGUCGCCAUUUUGCGUCAAUUCGUGAAAAGCGGGAAACCCGUCAAGUUCGGACAAUGUUGGGUGUUUUCAGGACUGACUACCACGAUACUCCGAUCUCUUGGGAUUCCUACGCGGUCUGUGACCAACUUCGAGUCUGCGCAUGACACCGACUGCAGCAUGACGAUCGACUUCCACUUCGACGACGACGACGAGCCGUGCACGUGGCUAGAUGACUCAAUCUGGAAUUUCCACGUUUGGAACGAGUGUUGGUUUAAGCGACCCGAUCUACCGGAAGGUUACGGCGGUUGGCAAGCUGUUGAUGCAACACCACAGGAAGUCAGUGAAGGAGUGAUGCAGUGUGGCCCUGCAUCUGUGAAAGCGAUCAAGGAAGGUCACGUGUAUCUUAAGUACGAUACCGGCUUCAUCUUCGGCGAGGUCAACGGCGACAAGGUCACGUGGGAGGUGGCGGAGGACGGGACGAUGGAGGUGAUCGGUAUUGACACCCGUCACGUGGGGAGGUGUAUCAGCACCAAGUCCAGGGGGAGUUGUGCACGAGACAACGUCACUAACCACUACAAGUACCCUGACGGUUGUCACGAGGAACGACGAGUGGCCGCGUUUGUGAACCGGUUCAGUUCACGCGCGGAUGAAGACAUCUACAGACGGAGGGUCAGUGAAGACGUCACGUUCGUCCUGGACGUGCCCGACUCCGCCAGUGUCACCGACGACCUCGUCAUCACCGUGACGAUGAGAAACACCGCCGAUGACACCCGCCACGUGCGCGGGAGGGUGUCCGUGCUGAGCAGCUUCUACACGGGGAUUCCCGCCAAGAGACUGAAAGGAGAACUGGAUGAGUUUGAAAUACAGUCUAAACAACAAAAGAAAGUCGUGCUGACAUUGACUACCCAGGAAUUCCAGAGUAAACUGAAUCCAGAGGCAGCGUUCCAGACAUAUGCCUGUUACAAGGUCAAGGAGACAGGGCAGCAUUUUGCCAAACAGGAAGCAUUCUCGCUCGUUAGGCCGCCCCUGGUUAUCAUUAUUCCGGAAAAGGUGCCUGUCAAAGAGGAAACAGAAGCUAAAGUUAUUUUUAAGAACCCAUUACAAGUGGACCUGACAAAUGGGGUCAUACACAUCGAAGGGUCCACUAUUGUAGGAUCUGAUAUCUAUGAGCACAAGAAGCCCAUUCAUCCGGACGAGACGGUCGAAUUUGUGUUCGUGCUCAACCCGAGACGUCAUGGACGACGUGAAAUCGAUGCGACCUUCUCGUCAGACCAACUGUGCGGCAUCGACGGCUCAGCGCAGUUCCUAGUGGAAUAAUUAGUGGUGGACUGUCGUAACAAUUGGAGUUGCGUCACCCCCACUAACUCGAGUGCAUUGCUCUUUUCAACACGGAACAGGAAAUAGUGAGAACCUUGAACCGUCGAUGACCUAUUUCGCAGUGUUUGACCAAUUCAUGGUUGAUGGUACCCCGGACUCUAUCUCCUAGGAAUAUAUAAGUCCUAGGUUUAGCAUAUCUAGCAAUACAAGUCGUUAUUUAAUUAACUUCGAGUAUUUUUACCAGUAGCGCCUCACUUUAUUUAAAUAUUUUCCAUUCCAUUUGUUUUCCAUUUACAUGUAUUAUAUUUUGUUGAGCGUGUUACAUGAACUUAACUAAUGUGUUUAUUCAUUGCCUGUUGUUCCAGUUCAUAAAAGCUUAAACCUUUGAACCUUAAACCUUUGAUAACAUUUCCCAUUAUUUUGAAGCAUGUUACAUGUAUCAGUACUCACAAAUAAUUAUAACUUGUUCAUAUCAUAUACUAACAAAAUUAUCCGUUAGAUAUAAUGCAUUAGUAUUUGAAAAUAAUAAAAAACUCAACUAAUGUGA